AUUCUAGCUGGGGGCGGCCGUUGGAUGUCACGUGAUGGACAAAGAUGGCGGUUUCUACAGAAGGUGAAAUGGGUGCAGACUUAGAGGCCUCCCUGCUGAGUUUUGAGAAGUUGGACCGAGCUUCACCAGAUCUCUGGCCAGAGCAAUUACCAGGUGUUGCUGAAUUUGCUGCUUCUUUUAAAAGUCCCAUCACCAGUUCUCCUCCCAAGUGGAUGGCUGAGUUAGAGAAUGAUGACAUUGAUAUGUUGAAGGAGCUGGGGAGUCUCACAACUGCUAAUCUAAUGGAGAAGGUCAGAGGUCUACAGAAUCUGGCGUAUCAGUUGGGGCUUGAUGAAUCUAGAGAAAUGACCAGAGGGAAAUUCCUGAACAUCCUGGAAAAACCAAAAAAGUAGGUGAAAGGGGAGUAUGCACAGAAAUACACCUGACUAAUGGAAAACUACCGGAAUUCUACAUCUGCUGGAACUGAAAGGCA